AUGGACGGAGAAAUCCCCAUAUCAACGAUCGACGAUGAAUUGAGCUGUCCGCGGCUGAAUCCAAAGUCCACCGCAGAUCUACUCCAUUCCGUUGAUGCAUUUCUCUUCGAUUGCGACGGCGUGUUAUGGAAAGGAGAUGUUCUGAUCGAUGGAGUCUCGGAAACUCUGGAUGCGCUUCGUGCCAUGGACAAAAAGCUGGUUUUUGUGACGAAUAACUCCACAAAGUCCAGAAGGCAAUAUGCCGAGAAGUUCCACUCAUUGGGCAUUUCAGUGACUGAGGAUGAGAUAUUCUCCUCAUCUUUUGCUGCUGCCAUGUACUUGAAAGUCAAUCACUAUCCCAAGGAGAAGAAGGUAUAUGUUAUUGGUGAAGAAGGCAUAUUGGAGGAACUAGAGCUUGCUGGUUUUACUGGUCUGGGUGGUCCUAAAGAUGGGAAGAGAACUGUCCAUUUGAAACCAAACAACCUCUUUGAGCAUGACAAAAAUGUGGGAGCUGUGGUGGUUGGUCUGGACCAGUAUAUAAAUUUUUACAAGCUACAGUAUGCAACUCUAUGUAUACGUGAAAAUCCGGGAUGCUUAUUUAUUGCUACAAACCGGGACGCUGUUGGACAUCUCACAGAUCUACAAGAAUGGCCUGGUGCAGGGUGUAUGGUUUCUGCAGUAUGUGGCUCAACUCAGAAAGAACCGAUUGUAGUCGGAAAACCCUCAACGUUUCUGAUGGAUUUUUUAUUGAAGAAAUUCAACAUCCCUACUUCGCGGAUGUGUAUGGUUGGGGACAGAUUGGACACUGAUAUUUUGUUUGGACAAAACGCCGGCUGUAGAACUCUUCUCGUCUUAUCAGGUGCUAAGGGCGGCGGUGGCGGUGGCGGUGGCCGUGGUGGCGGCUCUGGCCGUGGCGGCUUCUUUUCUCAUCAUCGUAACGACUCGAACACCGUUUCGUUUGCGGGGUUAUCCCUUUUCCUGUCAAAUCUCGUUUAUCUGUGCUUCUGUCUUUUGAACUUUGGUUAG